CUACGAGGUUUGCGUUAAAGACCUUGAAACAGCCAAUUUACUUUUGAAUGAUGCUGCUGCUGCAGAGCAAUAUAUUUUAUCUAUGUGUCCAUUGGGGUCUCAGCAUGAGCACAAUGACUCCGAAAAUCAACCUCAGAAUGAUUUUCAAUCUAUGUGGUCUAUGCCCCACAAUGAAAAUGACUCGACCAUUCAACCAUCUAUUAAUGAUAUGAUUUGGACAAAGAAGAAGCCUUCUGAAAUGGAUAAUGAAGCAACUCAUUUAAUGUUGUCCUUAAGAGAGGAAAAAAGUACUUACUUUGACGACAAAAGAACCAGAAAACUUAAAUUGUGGAAUGACAUAGCAAAAGAGUUAGAGGAAAAUAAUUUCCAUCUUGGGAACAAAGGAGGAGAGCGGUGUCGUCAAAAGUUUGCGAAUUUGCAAAAAACUUAUUUAUCUUACAUGCAGCAUCAAACUACAACAGGAAGUGAGAGAAUUGAUGACAUUCCUCCAUUUUUUGAUGAGCUCCACUCCAUUCUAGGUUAG